AUGUUGUGGACAGUGGCGCUAACAGGAGGACCACGACGGGUGAACCAUGCGGCUGUGACAAUUGAUGGACACGUCUGGACCUUUGGCGGAUAUUGCUCUGGUGAGCCGCAGGAAUCCAACAUCCCAGUCGACAUUCAUGUGCUUAAUACACACACCUAUCGGUGGCAAGCGGUCCAUGCAACGAAUGAAGGAAUCCCACGCCAACCAAAGGAUCGGUCAACAGGACGAGAAGAACAAAUGGAUGGCCUCAACAGGAUCGAACGCAUUAUGGGAGGCGCUAUACUUGGAGAAGAAAUGGAUGUCGACGAAGAUGACGACGAUAGAUUAUCAGCAGAACGCCUCCCUAAACAAGUGCCAUAUCAACGAUACGGACACACUGUUUGUGCGUACAAUGGAAAGGCCUAUCUCUGGGGUGGCAGAAACGAUGAAUUUGGUGCGAGUUCCCUGCUGCACGAGUUCAAUCCUUGCACACUGCAGUGGACUCUUGUUGAAACCACUGGGAUACGCCCGCCAGCUAGAGAUGGUCAUUCAGCGGUUGUUUAUGGCUCCAAGAUGUACAUUUUUGGUGGUUUUGAGGAGGAUCUGCAAAGGUUCAGCCAAGAAACGUAUGUUUUUGACUUCAAGCGGCAACGAUGGACGCAACUGAUUACUAAGGGUAUUCCUCCUCUGUGGCGAGACUUCCACACCGCAGUCGCUCUUGAUGACAAUAUGUACGUGUUUGGCGGGAGAAGCGACCAAAUGGGUGAAUUCCAUUCAACGAAGGACAUUUACGAUGAACGCCUUCAGAUUCUAAAUUUGAAAACUUUGGAAUGGCGCGAAGCUGUUGCAACGGGACCAAAGCCUUGUGGGCGUCGAUCUCAUUCUGCAUGGGCGUACGGUGGUCGAAUGUAUACCUUUGGUGGCUAUCAAGGAACAAUAAACAAACACUUCAACGAUUUGCACUGUUAUGAUCCAAACACUGGAAGCUGGGAAGUGGUUGUGCCAAAUGGAGAGUUUCCAUCAGCAAGACGGCGUCAAUGUACUGUUGUUAUUGAUCACAAACUCUACCUCUUUGGCGGCACUAUGCCCAUUGGUGUCACGGCAAAUAAUUCGGCGUCUGGAUUGGCAGACCUCGACGAUCUUCAUAUUUUGGACUUCCAACCGAGCUUGGAAACACUCGCCAUGCAGCAACUCAUCAAACUAAAGGAUCCCAGAACCGCAUACUAUUUGCCUCGAGUUUUAUGGACACAAUACGAAAACAUGACAAAGCCAAAUACGAUCUCCCCUGGACACAGCGCCACACGAAUGGAACUUUUUGGU